AUGGGCGAUGAUCGUUUACCCAUAGUUGAGAAUGAGGAGCAUUCGCCCACCACAACUCGUCUUGGACCACACGAUAAUGAAUUAGAUCCGGAACCGGUCGGAUGUGGUGCAUCGGCCUGUUGUAAUCCCAAUAGUGGAUUUCAUCGGUUUCUUGCCUUGAUAUUCAUGUGUCUCUUGGGUUUUGGUUCAUACUUUUGCUAUGAUAACCCCGGUGCCCUACAAGAAGUUUUCAAAGAAGAUCUCAAUAUAACUAGCACACAAUUUUCUAUGAUAUACUCGAUAUAUUCAUGGCCAAAUGUGGUUCUUUGUUUUGUUGGUGGCUUUCUAAUUGAUCGUGUCUUUGGAAUACGUCUUGGAACAAUUAUUUACCUGUUUAUAUUACUAAUUGGUCAAUUACUAUUUGCCACUGGCGGUCUAUUGAACACAUUUUGGAUUAUGAUUGUUGGCCGUUUCAUAUUUGGCAUUGGAGCCGAAUCAUUGGCCGUGGCUCAAAACAACUAUGCCGUACUAUGGUUCAAAGGAAAGGAAUUAAAUAUGGUGUUUGGAUUGCAAUUGUCGGUGGCUCGGUUCGGUAGCACUGUCAACUUUUGGGUAAUGCAACCCCUGUAUAAUUAUGUUCACGAGAUCUAUAAGGAACAUAACGCUCUGGGUGUAGUAUUGUUAUUGGCAGCUGGCACGUGUGUUCUAUCGUUAAUGUGUGCUUUAGUAUUGGGUUGGAUGGAUAAAAGAGCCGAACGAAUUUUACAGCGUAAUACAAAUCCCUCGGGCGAAAUAGCCAAGCUAAGUGAUGUAGUCACAUUCAAGGUUACCUUUUGGAUGGUAUCAGUAAUAUGCGUGGCCUAUUAUGUAGCCAUUUUCCCAUUUAUUGCAUUGGGCAAGAGCUUCUUUAUGAAGAAAUUUCAUUUUGAACCCGACCAAGCCAAUAAUGUGAAUUCGAUUGUUUACCUUAUAUCUGCCGUGGCAUCGCCAUUGUUUGGUUUUCUGAUUGAUGUAACUGGCCGUAAUGUAUCGUGGAUUUGCUUGGCUACUUGUUCAACAAUUGGAGCACAUUCCUUAUUAGCAUUUACUAUGGUAAAUCCAUAUGUUGGCAUGGUUCUAAUGGGUUUGUCGUACUCAAUGUUGGCUGCAAGCCUGUGGCCUCUGGUGGCAUUGAUUAUUCCCGAAUAUCAACUUGGAACCGCAUAUGGAUUCUGCCAAUCAGUACAAAACUUGGGACUGGCUGUAAUAACAAUUAUUGCUGGUAUGAUCAUUGACAAGAGUCACGGAGAUUACACUUGGCUGGAAUUGUUCUUCUUGGGCUGGCUAACAAUUGCUUUGAUUGCCACUUGCGUCAUAUUUGCAUAUGAUCGUAAAACUAAAGGAAAUCUCAACAUGUCACCAGCACAGCGUGUGCAGUAUGCCAAUCAAAUAGCUGCACAAAGAAUGUUGACUCCGGGUGAUGGGGCUAACGCCGAUGAAUACGCCAGCGAUCAAGAGCCAUUGUUAAACAACUAGGCUACA